CGGCGCCGCUCACGCUGCGGAGCUGCUGCCGGUGCUCGGCGGCCGCCGGCUCCAUGCCCGGCCCCGACGUCACUCCCGGCGCUGGGCUCGCGGCGUGACGCGAUUCCGGCGCGUCCCGGGCCCAGGCGGAGCCGGAGCCGCUCCCGGUGCCCGUCCCGGUGCCGGUGCCGGCGGCGGCCGCAGGCCCUGAGGAUGUCGGACGGGAUCAUGAGCAAAGCGGCCACCAUGGAGAUCCCCAUCAGCAGCAACGGGGACACGGGCAGCCUGCCCGAGGACGACGGCCUGGAGCAGGACCUGCAGCAGGUGAUGGUGUCGGGACCCAACCUCAAUGAAACCAGCAUCGUCUCUGGCGGCUACGGGGGCACGGCCGAGGGCAUCAUCCCCACCAGUGCCAUCAAAGCCCCUCCGUUUCCAGGCUGCCUUGUCCGUCCUCCCCCGCCCCGAGGAGCCUCCGUGUGCCCCAGCGCGUCGGCCGCCGGCAGGAUGGCGGCUCAGGCCACGGCUCCAGCAGGCACGAGCCUCCACCAGCCUCACCCCGGCCCGGCUGGCAGUGGGGAGGAGAUCGUGCGGGGCAUCGCCGUGGAGAAGUUCGACAUCGUCAAGAAGUGGGGGAUCAACACCUACAAGUGCACCAAGCAGCUGAUCUCGGAGCGCUUCGGGCGCGGGUCCCGCACGGUGGAUCUGGAGCUGGAGACGCAGAUCGAGCUGCUGCGGGAGACCAAGCGCAAGUACGAGUGCGUGCUGCAGCUGGCACGGGCCCUCACCAACCACUUCUACAGCCUGGUGCAGACCCAGCACGCCCUGGGCGAUGCCUUCGCCGACCUCAGCCAGAAGUCACCCGAGCUGCAGGAGGAGUUUGGGUACAACGCAGAGACGCAGAAGCUGCUGUGCAAGAACGGGGAGACGCUGCUGGGCGCCGUCAACUUCUUCGUCUCCAGCAUCAACACGCUGGUGAACAAGACCAUGGAGGACACGCUGAUGACGGUCAAGCAGUACGAGACGGCCAGGCUGGAGUACGACGCGUACCGCACGGACCUGGAGGAGCUGAGCAUGGGCCCCCGUGACGCCGGCACCCUGUGUCGGCUGGACGCGGCGCAGAGCCAGUUCCAGAGCCACAAGGACAAGUACGAGAAGCUGCGCGCGGACGUGGCCAUCAAGCUCAAGUUCCUGGAGGAGAACAAGAUCAAGGUGAUGCACAAGCAGCUGCUGCUCUUCCACAACGCCAUCUCUGCCUACUUCGCCGGGAACCAGCAGCAGCUGGAGCAGACCCUCAAGCAGUUCAACAUCAAGCUGAAGACCCCCGGUGCCGAGAAGCCCUCCUGGCUGGAGGAGCAGUGAGCUGCCCCCCGGGUGCCACCCCCUGCGCCUGCUGCCUGGGGGUGCCAUAUGGACCUGAACGGUGGCCGCCGGCUCGGGGCCGGGCCCCGCUGCGCCUGGGGGCUGCCCGCCGGGCUCGGUGGGGCUGCUCCGGGUGGGGAGAGGGGCCUGGCCCUGCCUGGGGAGAGGCUGGGGCUCCCCAGUCUGUGGGGCAGAGCCCAGCCCUGCUCCUCUGCAGCCCAGCGGCACGGCACAGCACGGCAGCCGGAGCCCCCCCUGCCUCCUGCCCCCACCACAGACCCCACACCCCACGUCCCUCUGCACUCCUGGGGAGGGGGAUGCCCCAUGACCCUCCCUCUGAGCUCUGGGGUGGGACAGGCGUGGGACCCCCCAGGAUACCCCUGCCCUGCCCCAGCUGCAGACGAAGGUCCGAUGGCAGCGGGAUGGGUCCCAUCGGGGGACCGUGAGCUCCCAGGCGGGGGGCGGCACCUGGGGGGGCUCCUGCCCUCACCCCCACCCCUGGGGUUGUCCUCUCGCCCUCCUGGCUGAGCCCCGGCCCGUCCCAGGCUGCUGGUCUCGCACUCCCCCAGCCUCACACUACACUCCCCUCGCCGCCAUCCCCAGGGCUGUGGCGUGCCCCUUGUCCCCUCGGGACCCCCCUGGCUGGGGCCGUGCUGCUGAUAGCCCGGGGGGGCACCGGCAGACCCCUGACAGCAGCGGGAGCAGGAGGGGCUGGGACCAAGGACCAAGUGCCGGCAUGUCCUGACGUGUGCUGCGGGUGGGGGUCCCUGCCCUGGGGUCCCUGUGCCGUGUGCAGGGGUCCCUGAGCUGCAGGUGGGGGAUUGCUGUGCUCUGUGCGGGGGGUCCCUGCCCCGGGGGUCCCUGGGCUGCAGGUGGGGGGUCCCUGGGCUGCAGGUGGGGGGUCCCUGCCCCGUGCUGCUGCCCAGCCCCAGCCCAGCCCUGGGCAGCACUUGGGCACUUUCUCCUGAGACAGAUGCGUUUGUUUCUCUCGAUAAUUUAAUCCCCGAUAAUUUAAUGUCUGGAUCUGACCCCCACCCCCCUUCUUUCCUGGUGAAGGUCUGAACCCCCCCUCCCCUCCCCUCGACUUCUGUAAGACUCCAGAAUAAAACGGUACGGAUCAGGUG